GUGGUAAUUUAGUUGAAAAUAGUUUGCAGUAAUCGUAAUUUUAAUAGUAUCGCCUCAUAAUUUUUUCAUGAGCAAUCAGGGUAUCGAUCAAUCUCUUUCAUUCAGAACACGGCAAGAUGAUCAAAUUGGAUUCGAUACGCUUGUAUUGUGCAGACUAUUUCAAUGUUUACGUAUUGUGUAGUCAAUCAAACAUUAAGACUUUGUCCAAGCUAUGAAAAACUUUGUUUCUAGAUCUAAAACUGAAUGAAAACAGCUGCGAAAUGGAUGUUACUAUGGGUUUAAUUAAAAAGCUUGUAAAAAGCAAGUCUGUAGAACGUGCCAUAGCUCCAAUAGCUGCCCAAGUGUCACUUCUAAUGGUCACAGCUGAACAGAAAAAAGUAAAGAAAAAGUCCCAAUGGCAAGAAGAUGAGCUAAAAGAUUUAAACCCAAACCUUGUCAACUGUGCCUCCAAAAUAAUGUCUGAGGCCGUGCAGAAGUUUGUUGCUGAAAGUGAGAAACACAGCAAGAAGUCACAGAACCAGGAAUUCAUAAAAAGAGUAUCAGCUGCCAAUGAAAACCUGACAGUGACCAUUGACCAGCUGUUAAUAAUGGCCCAUAGAUUUGAGUCAGGGAAUCCCUCUGAGAAUAUGAAACAAACAUUGUGCCAGUCUGCAAAAGAUGUCUUGCAGGGUGUCAUUAAAGUUUUGUUGGUUGUGGAUGACUUCUAUGUACAAGGCCUGCUAAAUAAAACUGAUGCAGUUAUCACAGCCAUAAAAUCUAUCAACAUUGCACAGGAUUAUACUGAGACCAAGAAAAAAUUAGCAUACCUUGCUGUAUCUGUGAUGAGUCUCAGAGCAUUGUUGUUUAAACGAUGCCAGAAUCUGUGUAGUAAAACAUGCAGUGAUCAACUUAUCAUAUGGGGCAAUGUAUUACAGAGCAGCAUGCGAGUACUUCAUCAGGUGACCAAGACUUGUUCACAGUACCCUAGUAACAUAUCAGCCAAGGCCAGCUAUGACUCAGUGGAACAAGAAAUGAUCCAAGCCUGUCAUAAGAUCAAAGUGUUGUUGACAUCAGGUCCAGAAGACAGCAUUGAUGAUACAAUUAUCAGUUUUGUUUCAAUUGUUGAUCAGCUGAUGGACAUGCUGACUGAAGCCCAGCAAGGAGAUCUCCAUGAAGAUGCUGAGAGCAACAUUGUGACCCUGGUACAGCACAGCAUGUCAGUGGCUCACUGCUGCACCACUGGGGUGUAUAGAGAGAUGAUCAUGGCCUCCUGCCACAGGAUAUUGCAGCUGAAGUUUAGGCUGACUGAGCUACAUGAUACUAUUAAAACUAAGCCAGUCAUUCCCCAUAUGAGAAAUGAAUUUACUAAACUCUGUGAGACUACUCUGGAUGAGAUCUGUGACCUUGAGAAGCAUGUGACCAUGACCUUGGUUCAAGUAAUUAUUGAGAUGUUUAUUUGCCCUAAAGAGAAAAUGAUAAAGUUACGAAAAGUGGCAUUUGUUCAGAACUCAUCUGCUGAGUAUUCUAGUGCGCAUAAAAAACACAUCCAGGAGUUUAUAGAGUACACCGAACAGUUUUGUCAAGUGGCCUUGUUGGUUGCAGCUAGUUCUACUGAUAAUGCCAAGGUUCGAGAAAUAGUAACAGCUGUGAAAUGUUUAGAAUCAAUUGAGGUGGAACUAGAGCCUGCUGUCCUCAUGAACUGUAAGGACCCCAAAAACAGAGCUUCCAACAAACAUCUGGAGCUGAUUUUGGGCAGAUGGUCAAGGGAGGUCAAGACUGUUAUGGAUAGCAUUGACAAGCUUGUUGACCCAAGAGUUUUUAUGGACAUGACAGAAAACCUGUUAUCCAAAGAAGUGGAGAACUUUGCAACCAUGGAAGGUGCAAGUCAUUCUGAACUUCUAAACCACAACUACAGGAUAAGGAAUCUGGUAAAAAGGCCCAUGGUUCUUGCAGAGAAACUUGUAGAUGAGAGCAGUGAUCCAAUUUAUCGCAAUGGACUCAGAUGUUUCAUCAAGACAUUGACAGAGAGUAUGUCAGAUGCUGAUUCGGUGUACAUGGAACUUCUACAGACUAGAGAGCCCACCCACCAACAGCAUGACACUGUGGACCGUCGGCUGAAGAUAGUGUUGCAGGCCCUGAAGAACUUGAGAGAGGGUUUAGAUGUGAACAAACAUCCUCACAUAAUGAGCAAAGAAAGGCUAAUGUUUCAUUCUAGAGGCACUGAGCUGUCUGAUAAAUUACAACAAGCUAGAAAAGAUUUAAAGUUGGAGGAGAAGGAGUCAAGGGUAAAGUUGAUCAAUAGUGCCCAGACCCAGUCAAAGGGUGUGAAUACUGACAAAGACCAUGAACAGAUUCCUAAAGAAGAAACCAGACAACAAAUACAAACUGCUGAAGCUUUUACAGAAACUGUUGAAGUAGAGAAGCUGUCAUCUGUUAAACUGGACUCAGCUCUAGAGAAGCAGUCAUCAAGUGUAAAACUGGACUCAGCUGGGACAACAAAGCUUGUUGAUGAAAGUCUUGUAACACUUCCUGAAGUUUUUAAGGAAAAAGAGAGAGAAGGAGGAGCUGCUGCAGAACUCUAUGGCUUAGUCAAGACUUUACUCAUUGCUAGUAUUUCAAAAGAUCAGAAGUCUGUGCAAGAUCUAACACAUAGUUUGCUCAGUUGGACCAAUCAUAUUGUAGAGAAUGCUGAGACUAUAAUUAGUCACUGUCCCAAUAUCCUCAAUAGGAGUGAGCUUGUGCAGAUAUCACAGGAGCUGGACAAGACCUCUACAGAAGUCAUUCUGAGAGCCAAGUUUGUGGUGGCAGGUGACAUGUCCCUUGUCAAAGAGCUGUUGGUCACUUCAGUUCUGUGGGCACAACAGCUGACCAGAGCUAGACUCAUUACUGAUGUAGCAGCUGAUAAGUUCAUCACAAUGACUUCUGCACUAUGUGAGUAUGUACAGCAUGGUCCUGAGAGGGACAGAAAUCUUCAGAUGGAGGCCAUCAUUGCAGUUCAUAAAGAAUUGUCCAGCUUGCUGACCUGUGCUAAAGUAAUCACAGCUCAAUAUUUAGACCAUGGCAAUGAGAAAAUGGAGUAUUUAACCCAGUCCCAGAAUGAACUUGAAAACUUGACUGCAACAAUUCAAACAACUGUUGAUGUUGCAGCAGUCUCAGCAAUAAAAAUAGCCAAUGAUUGGUGGCAGUUCAGAAUGGCUUGUCAUGAUUGGUCAGUUCUGAUGACCUGUGUUUUAACAGAAUGUGAAGACUUGAGUUUCAAACUGGAAGCAUUGGGACAAGUCAAAUUUACUGGCUUACAGAAUAGCCCAGUUAGAGAUGCUCUGAAGACUUGUGAUAUCAUGGAAAGGGAGACAAAUUUUCUUCUAGAACUUGUAGACUGUGUGAUCAUAGGGGACAUUACUCUGAAGGAAAGAAGUGAACCUCUUGUUUCUGAACUGCAGGCUGCUUUGAGAAGUGCUUGGUCUGUUGCUAGGAAACCAGUCAACAAAAGUGAUGUACCUCUACAAGCUCUCUUUGACAAACUAAGAUUUAGAUUGAUGCACAGUAUUUGGAUUGAGAAAGCUUUAAAUGUGAAAUUAUUCAUCAGAAAUAAUUGUUUCAAUCACAUGGGAUUUACAAGACAGAUCUUACUGGAUGCUCAGAAUGUUUUGGUCACUGAAGAUUUCUCUAAAGAAGAGUCAGUUAAAAAGAGGUACAUUCUGGCUAGUCAUCUGCUCGACCAGAGUAAUGAAUUCAAGCAGAAAGUUUUCAAAUGCUUACAGCUGAGCUCAGACCUUAUCAAAAGGGCAGUCAUCAGGUCCACCUUAGACGAUUUGGCUAAACUAACAUCUGAGAUAGAUCGGUUGCUACGAGAAAAACCCAAGAUUUCUGAUGCUGAUGUGGACUUCUAUUCUGAGCAGUGGGGAGGAAAGGUAAAGAAACUGUUGGCCAACUUAAAGAAGAUGGAUGGCAUUCGACUAUCUGCAGUUUCUGAUUUGGAGAAUUUCACCAACAGAAUAGCAAAUGGUGGUGUUGAAACAAAUAACAAGAAUGAGUCAAAUCAACUGCUACAGCCUGUUUCUUAUUCUUUAGCUGGUCAGCAUAACCAUUUUGUGUCUUCAAUCCAGAAUCCUCUCCAUAUGCAGCAGCUUCCUCUCCAAAUGCAGCAGCCUCCACUUCAAAUGCAGGAGGCUUCAAAACAUAUGCAGCAGUCAUUGCUACAAAGUUCUGCAGUAAACACUCAUCAGCAGUUACUUCCACUCAGUUUGAGACAGUCACAGUUUUACCAGCCUGUACCACUCAUACUAGAACAGCAUGUCUCACCCCAAUUCGUUGUUUCUCAGCCUAAUGAAAACCAGCAAAUAAUACCACAGCUUCAUGGCCCAGCCGCUUUGCACCCACCCCAUUAUUUAUCUCUUCAGCAUUCUUACCAGCAGCAGCCUCUUUCCAUAUCAGGUUCCCAACCACACAUCCUUACCAAAGAUGUGGAGACCCCUAAAAAAGCAGCUCCAUUACUGUCUGUAUCUCGUGCACUACGCCCUCAACCUAGUCAGCCAUUGUCCAAUCAGCAGUUUCAAGGUACAAAUCUUUCCUUGAAUCCUCACCAUUCAAUGGGGACAGCUUCAAGUUAUACAAAUAAACAUGCUCUGCCACAGACCAGUACGAGUGUCAGUUCUAGUGUUCUCCAGCCAGACUUGACUCAUGCAUCAUCACAACACCCUGAUAUUCAAAGUAGAGAAGAAAGUGAGAUGAAUACUAGCUCACCUGUUGGGAAAUCUGUCAGUGUUCUUCUGAAAGAUGCCCAAUAUUUAGGCAUUCGUUUGUACAAGUGGCAAGAAAACAUGGCCCAUCUUGAUGGACAUGAACGAUCAGCUGUUGUUCAUGAUGCACUUCAAAUGGCACGUCUUUGUUCAGAAAUGGCGCUGUUUACCAAAGGUCAAGGCCCAUACAAGGGGUCCAGUGAAGUAGUAUCUGCUGCCAUCAGUGUUGUCAAGUACAGCAAAAAGAUUGAAACCUUUGCUAACAGGCUUCACAGCUUGACUGGUCAUUGUUGGCUUGCUGAUCACCUUAAAAUGUGUAUACUUAAGAUGAAUGGAUGUUCUUCUCAGCUUCACAUCAUUGCCACAGCUUUGCACAAUUCACCAAAGUCUCAUCAGGGUGAUCGUAUAUUGGUAAGAAAUGCAUCCAAUCUAUUGAGUACUGUAAGACAAAUGUUUGCUCUGCUGGAGAGUAUAGCAGCUAUGGGUAUUACUGAGCCAAGUGUCACUGAUGAGCUCACUAAAGAGAUUUUCUCUCUUCUGGCCCAAAUUCGACUAGACAAUGAGAGUUACCUCCGUGAGGAGAGGAAGUCAAGUCAGAUAGAUGAGCUGGGGCUGAGAAGGGUGGAGCUGCACAAUCCCCCUAGCCUCACCUCAUUGCUUGAGAUCAAUGAUGCAGAAUGAUGGGCCGCACUUGUGGGCAUAUAAUUGGAAGGCCCCAAUCUGCCAGAUACAUUACCAACAUUUUGUAGAAAAUUAGCAUUGUUCAAAUUGCUUUGAAGAAAGGAAAAUUCUCCAAAUGUUUAAUGGAAUUCUAAGUGCCCGAAAGGAGAAUCACACUUUGAACACUAUUCUGUUGUUAUAAGAAAUAUGCAUCUCACUUCAGUUUUUCUCUAUUAGAGACUGGAACAGUUCUCUGUGAUACAAUACAGAUUUAAACAAUGUUUACAUGCAUACCUUUAUUUGGGGUAGUACUGCACCAGUUGUCCCUUCCCAUUUUAAGGAGGUUUUUAAAUGUUUUAAAUAAACUAUUUACUAUUGUAUAGACUUACCCCAACUUUCUCUCACCAUUGCCUUUAGCAACCAAGAAUGUUACUGUUACAGUGACGUGUCAUUUUGUAGAACACAUUUUUGAAAUACUAUUUUUAGUGAUUUCAUGCUUUACUUCAGAUCUCAGACGAAACCUUUUUAUAUUUUUAUUCUGUUUUAAAUUUUUUUCAAUGCGACCCCUUUUUUAAAUUUUAACUUUUACUUUUUAUAUUAAUAUUUAUUAUUUAAAGCCUAAAGUUGAAUUAUUAUCAAUAUAAAGGUGAACUUCUUCACUUAGGUAUAUUUUACUAUUGAGGCAUAUUUCUGUAUUGAAGAGCUUCUGUGGAUAGGUUUCUGUGCUGGACACUUUAAGCUUAUUGUGGCCAACAGUAGAAUAUAAAGGGCUUAGCUUGACAAAGUUUUCAGUCAUUUGUUCAACUCUUUGCUUGCUUCAUUUUCUCUCGGUUUUGGUUGAUGAAGUUUCUUCUCUAUUUACUGUAAUCAACAUCAAUAUUUGUUUUGUAACAUUCCACAGCAAACUAUGCCAAAUAGUUCCAAUAGGUGAUGAACCAGUCUUUCAUUCCAGUUGUGUUCAAUCUUUAUUAUUCUUUAAUUUGAAGCCAAAGAACAACUUAUAGAAUGUGCCUUUAAUUGGUUAAUAUUGUUCUUUAAAGAUCACCAUGUUGCAAUUGAAAUAUUUUUUUAUAAACAUUUUAAAUAUUUAUAUUCUUGAUUUUGUUUUGCUCCAAGCCUUGUACAAUACUGCACUCUUAAUCUUCUGAUUGGAAGACAUUCGCCAUAUUAUUAAUUGACCAUUAAAUCAUAUAUAUAUAUAUAUAUAUAUAUAUAUAU